UCCCCCUGCAGGUCAGAUCUGGAGUUGCAGUUUAAAUGUUACCAUCACGAGGACCGACAAAUGAACACCAACUGGCCUGCCUCGGUCCAGGUCAGUGUUAACGCCACGCCCCUCACCAUCGAGCGCGGCGACAACAAGACGUCCCACAAGCCCCUGCACCUGAAACAAGUCUGCCAACCAGGAAGGAACACCAUCCAGAUCACAGUUACCGCCUGCUGCUGUUCUCACCUGUUUGUACUGCAGCUGGUCCACAGACCCUCUGUACGAUCCGUCCUGCAAGGCUUACUGAAGAAGAGGUUACUGCCUGCAGAGCACUGCAUCACCAAAGUUAAGAGAAACUUCAGCAGCGUAGCGGCGUCCUCUGGGAACACCACUGUGAACGGCGAGGACGGUGUCGAACAGACGGCCAUCAAGGUCUCCCUCAAAUGUCCGAUCACCUUCCGGAGGAUCCAACUUCCAUCCAGAGGUCAUGACUGUAAACAUGUCCAGUGCUUUGAUUUGGAAUCCUACUUACAGUUGAACUGUGAGCGAGGGACGUGGCGAUGUCCAGUAUGCAAUAAAACAGCGUUGCUGGAGGGACUAGAAGUUGACCAGUACAUGUGGGGGAUUCUUAAUGCCAUCCAAAACUCGGAGUUUGAGGAGGUGACCAUAGACCCUUCGUGUAGUUGGAGACCUGUGGCCAUCAAGUCUGAUAUCCACAUCAAGGAGGAUCCAGAUGGACCCAUGGCCAAGAGGUUCAAGACCAUGAGCCCCACCCAGAUGACCCUGCCCAACGUGAUGGAGAUGAUCGCCCUGCUCGGCCCAGGGCCCUCGCCCUACCCGCCCCAACAGGGGGGCAACAACAGCGAAUACGGAAGCCAUGGUAACAGUUACCAGGGCCACAGCGGGGGCUUUGACUUCCCCCAUGGGAACCCCGGUUGUACGACCAUGAACGACUUCAUGCACGGCCCCGUUCUGUCCCACCCGCCAAACAUGGCACAGGACAAACCCCUCACACACAGCAUGCCUGACUCUAUACCUCAUCCUGCCAUCACUGACCAGUCCCACAACUUGUUACAGCAUAGCUUACACGCCCAAUCGCACCCAGGCAGCCAAUCGGGACAGCCGUUGCAUCACAGUGGACCUCCUCAGCCGUCACGACAACAGGCUCCGCCCCCACAGCAACAACAGCCCGGCCCUAACAAUCACCCUCUGCAGCACGGUGACCCCUUAGAGGGACUGGGUGGAGGGCUCCCAGAUAUGCCCGAACCUUCCUUGGAUCUCCUUCCAGAGCUGGCUAACCCAGAUGACUUGUUGUCUUACCUCGAUCCUCCAGACCUCCCGAGCAGUAGCAACGAUGACCUUCUCUCGCUCUUCGAAAACAACUGACUCUGAUUCUAGAUCAGUUCAUUUUUAAAAAUGUAUAAAAAAAACACUUCUAGGACUGCCUGGAGUUGGACCUAUAACAUCUGACCUGAGACCUGCUCCAGUACUUGACAAAGAUG